UCGACAAUUAUGGGACUCAAAAUUUAAUAAAAUUUAUUCGCUGAGAAUGUUAUUAUUAUCAGGAUUUGGAAAAUCUUCCUUCAUUUUUUUAGUUUUGUGAUAAUGUUUUAUUUUCGUAAAAUUUCGUCUGCUUUAGUCUGUCCAGAAAAUGUUUUGGAACAGCUGUUUAUUCUAACCAAACUUCUAAGCGGUUUAGGUAUAAUUUAAUCAUAUGGGUUCUUUAUUUUGUUUUUGAAAUGGAAGAACUGGAAAGGCGGGUGCAAAAAUUGGUUCAGAACUUUUGUACCGGGCUUCCAGGACAUGUGGAAAAGUGGAAAAUAAUAUUCAAGGAUGUUCAGGAUCCCAUACGAGCCCUAGUGAACUUUUCUGAACAACUUAUCUGCGUGGAAAAGGCUCGCAUCGAGUACAUGGACAACUUCGAUGAGAUUCAACGUAUUUUACAAUACAAAAUCUUAAGCGAUAUCGAAGAUGAAUUGUUGUCGAUAAGUACCCACAUAGAUCAGUUGACCAAUCUCAAUCAAGAACUGAAAAACAAAUUGUCAACGUUGGAGAGAACAACCGUCGAUCUCGACUGGGAGUCUGAGACUGCUCUUAUUCGCGGAACCCCUAGCCAACCGCCUUUAGAUAGAUUGCUGGAAAUGGGAUACGACUUUUGGAUUUAUUUCAGCACCGUAUCAAAGAACAUAAACGCAGCUUUAAAAAACUUAAACGUCAGGGACGCGAAGCGAGUGGAUACACUACGGAAGUGUUUUUGUUUGGACUUGGAGAACCCCGAUAUCGACACUGAUAGGAUUAUAAAUUAUUUUUUGGCUGUAACUCAGUACGUUGGUAGCUAAUAGAA